UCAUAGUAUUCACUGUGUAACCACAGUCAUAACGCUAUCAAAGGAAUAUUAUUUGAGCUCUUUUGUUUAACUUUGUGUCUAAUAUAUUUGUGUGAAAUGUUUGAUGCUAAAUUAGCAAUAAUGAAAUUAAUAGUGUAUUUGGGAACAUUGUUUAAGAAAGUUCAAGAUAAUGUUUCAUUUCUAACUGUUUACCUGCUUGAAGGAUUUUGUUACAAGAAAAUCAAGAAGUGUGUAAGUACCAGAACUGGUUCUCAUUGUGACUGGAGGAACAUGAUAUGCCAGGUGUCACGGUAACAGUGAUACUGUUCACUUUGUCUCCCUUGUUCUAUUCAUUUCUGGGAGGCUGGUUGUAAGAUAUUAUAUUACACCAGGAACUGAGCUCUAGAGAAGAAUUAAUGUCACAUCCCAAGUCUUAUGAAACAACAGUAACACUGAAAAUUCAGUUGUGCUGCUGCCUUAGUUGCAAUAAGACAUUUGAAAAGAUGCCUCACAAGCAGAGUGAAACCAAUAUAGGUUCCAUCCUGGGAUUCAUUAAUAAAAACCCAGAAUAUAAUCCAGAUCAAAUUCGAGUGCUCACACUUAAUGAUGGGGAACAUCAGGAUUCCACAUUAUAUCGUCUGCAGAAAGGCUGGAGACUGCAGUUUCGUCUUGGCCCUACUUUGUUUGGACGUCAUGUUGUUAUUUACUGUAAUCAUCCUGACUCAAUUGAGGAAGAAUUUGACAGGAAUCAGUAUAGGCCACUUCAUUGGCAGUGUGAUUCAGGAACACCAUCAGGUGAUGAUACAUCAUCAUAUGCUGAAGUGUGCAUAAGAAGAGCUGGCUCAUUCCAUUAUUACUUCAUUUAUGAAGGAAGUGAUGUUCCAGGGCCUCAAGGAUCAGGAUUUUUCACAGUUGAUCCAGUCCUGACUUAUGGCUGUGAUGAAGUUUUACCACAAGAUUGUAUUCAAUGCCAAACAGUUCUAGCUAAAUGCUUAGGACCCUUUCACACAUGGGAGAAGAAACUUCAAGUUGCAAAGGAAAGUGGCUACAAUAUGAUCCAUUUUACACCAGUACAGGAACUUGGAGGAUCCAACUCAUCUUACAGCAUUAGUGAUCAAUUAAAACUGAAUCCACUGUUCAGUGAAGAAAACAAAACAGUAACAAUAAAUGAUGUUGAAUCACUGAUCACAAAGAUGAGAGAUGAAUGGAAAGUGGUGAGCAUCUGUGAUGUAGUUUUAAACCACACUGCCAAUGAAUCCCAGUGGCUUAAAGAACAUCCAGAAUGCACCUACAAUCUAGUCAAUUCACCACAUCUUCGACCAGCAUAUCUACUCGAUGCUCUACUGCAUCAGCUUACAGUUGAAGUAGCAGAAGGAAAGUGGCAGUUUUCGGGCAUACCAUCUGAAGUAAAUUGUGAAGAACAUCUGUCAGCAAUUCGAAGUGCACUCCAUGGCUUUUUUCUUCCACAAAUUAAAGUGUCUGAGCUGUACAUGGUGGAUGUUAAUGCACUUGUAUCAGAAUUUCAGUCACUUGUAAGAAAAAGAUUACCACCAGUGCAAGUGGUUUCUCAAGAAAACAUGAAACUAAAGAUUACUCAAGAUCCCCAGUAUCGCCGAUUGAAGUCUAAUGUGGAUAUGGAAUUAGCCCUUCAGUUAUAUAAUGUAUAUAGGAGUGAUUGUUUUGAUGAAGAGACAAGGAUACGUAGGUGCACAGAGGAUUUCAAAAUGUGUCUGGAUAAAUUAAAUAAUGCCAUCCACCUGGAAGUGGAGGCACAUCUCCAGGCUGCAGUGAAUAAUACCAUUGCCAGUAUCCGGUACUUCAGAGUAGACAAGAAUGGACCACGAAUAAAACAAGUCUCUCUCAAGAAUCCAUUAGUUCCAAGGUACUUUACUGAUUAUGGAGCAGCUAACAGCUUAAAAGAAUUUGAGGAUAUUAUGUACUCAGCUGAUGCAUGCUAUAUUAUGGCCCAUAAUGGAUGGGUUAUGAAUGACGAUCCACUUCGCAAUUUUGCUUCACCAGAAAAUAAUGUUUAUUUGAGAAGAGAACUCAUUGCUUGGGGUGACAGUGUUAAAUUAAGAUAUGGUGAACGACCUGAGGACUGCCCAUUCUUGUGGCAGCGAAUGCAAGAAUAUGUGGAACAGACUGCUCGUGUAUUUGAUGGAAUUCGGUUGGACAACUGUCAUUCAACUCCAAUACCAGUUGCAGAAUAUCUUCUUGAUGCAGCUCGAAGAGUUCGUCCUGACUUGUAUGUGGUUGCUGAGCUGUUUACUAAUUCUGACCAGAAAGACAAUAUUUUUGUCAAUAGACUUGGAAUCAGUUCACUCAUUAGAGAGGCAAUGUCAGCUUGGGACUCUCACGAGGAGGGACGACUUGUGUACCGAUAUGGUGGAGAACCUGUAGGUGCUUUCCACCAACCAUCACUUCGACCACUUGUUCCAUCAGUAGCACAUGCUUUGUUUUUAGAUUUAACACAUGAUAACCCUAGUCCCAUUGACAAAAGAUCUGUGUUUGAUUUGCUUCCAAGUACUGCACUUGUGUCAAUGGCGUGCUGUGCAUCUGGUAGCAACAGAGGUUAUGAUGAACUGGUUCCACAUCAUAUUCAUGUAGUUGAUGAAUUCAGACAGUAUACUGCUUGGACUGAAGAUGAUGAUGCAUCAGAAGGUGUUGGAAUUCGCUCAGGCAUUAUUUCAGCUAAAAAGGCUUUGAACAAAUUACAUUUUGAUUUGGGAAUGUCUGGCUUUAACCAGGUAUUUGUUGAUCAAAUGGAUGCUGACAUUGUUGCUGUUACUCGGCACUGUCCUGCUACUCAUCAGUCUGUGGUUUUGGUGGCAUACACAGCGUUCCGUCAUCCAGACACGUAUUUUAAUCGUGGGUUUGUAAAACCAUUGAGAGUAGAAGGCACUGUUGAUGAGGUCAUUUUGGAAGCAUCACUUUUCCACAAGAAUGCAAAGUCUGGAGGGGGCAGAUUUCAGAAAUACGAUAACUUUGUGAAAGAUGAAAAGAGAAUAAAUGGCUUACAGGAUUAUGAAGUAGAACUGAAGGAACAUAUUCCAUUGAGUGAGUCUCAGAUGCUUCAAAUUGGAGAUUCUGGUGAUCCAAAUGUCACACAGAUAAAUUUUAAAAAUUUUCAACCUGGAUCAGUGGUUGCAAUCAAGGUUUCACUUCAUAACAAGGCAACAGAAGCCAUUAAAAAAUUGCGAAAUUUUGUAUGGCUGAGCGGGCUACCUCAGCAAGAUGCAAGCUCUCAUGAUCUAGCAACUGAACUGAGCAAUAUUGUAUCAUCACUAAGUCUUUCUGAUUUAAAUGAAGCACUGUACCGCUGUGAUAGUGAGGAACUGGAUCACGGGAAAGGAAUUGGAGUGUAUAACAUCCCAGGUUUUGGUUCUUUGGUUUACUGUGGUUUGCAAGGAUUUAUGUCACUGCUUUGUGAUAUAACGCCAAUCAAUGAUCUCGGUCAUCCAUUUUGUAACAAUCUACGGGAAGGAAACUGGAUGAUAGAUUAUAUUUCUCAUCGGCUCAAACAGUACUCAGGCACUAUUGAACUUGGUCUGUGGCUGGAGAAGAGCAUGGCACCUCUAAAAGAAAUUCCACGUUAUUUGGUGCCAAGUUAUUUUGCUGUCAUCAUUUCACUGACAUACUUGCGCUUACUAAACCAAGCAUGGAGUCUGAUGUCAUUAUUUGUUAAGGAUGGCUCAACUUUCUUGAGAGGCUUGGCACUAGGGUCUGUACAGUGUGCAUCUGUUGUGCACUCAUCACCAUUGCCACAGUUAUCACCAAAUUUAGCACCUCCAUUGCCACUAACAAGACUAGACAGUGAAGGAAAAGAAGUGCAGGCUUGUGUAACUCUUUCAGCAGGUUUACCUCAUUUUGCAACUGGUUACGUACGCAACUGGGGCAGAGACACUUUCAUUGCACUAAGAGGUCUAUUCAUCCUAACAGGCAGAUACCAAGAUGCAAGGUAUCACAUUCUUGCUUAUGCUGCUUGCUUACGCCAUGGACUUAUACCUAAUCUCUUAGAUGGAGGAAGCAAGUCUCGUUUCAAUUGUCGUGAUGCAGUAUGGUGGUGGCUGCAUUGUAUUCAUAGUUAUGUUAAUGAAGCUCCAGAUGGACAUAACAUUCUUAAAGACAAAGUGUCAAGACUUUUCCCAACAGAUGAUUCUCCAGCACUCCCAGCUGGUCAAGUUGAUCAGCCUCUCCAUGAUGUUAUGCAAGAGGCACUAAGUGUUCAUUUCCAAGGCCUUUGCUUCCGAGAGCGUAAUGCUGGUCGAAGUAUUGAUGCACAUAUGACUGACAAAGGCUUUAACAAUCAAAUAGGUGUACAUCCAGAAACAGGUUUUGUCUUUGGAGGAAACUCAUACAACUGUGGGACAUGGAUGGACAAAAUGGGUUCCAGUGAUAAGGCUGGCAACAGGGGGAAACCAGCAACCCCACGUGAUGGAAGUGCUGUAGAAAUUGUAGCACUGUGUAAAUCAACCUUAAGGUGGCUUGCAAGUCUUCAUGAACAGGGACGAUUCCCAUACAGCAGUGUACAACGGAGUAGCAAGAAUGGUACUCUAAUUACAUGGACAUACAAACAAUGGGAAGAAAAAAUUGCAACAAAUUUUGAAAAAUGUUUUUACAUUGAUGUUGAAUUAUCUCCUAAUGAGCCACGCCCAGAUUUGGUGCAUCGCCGUGGUAUAUAUAAAGAUACAUACAAAGCAAGUCAGCCUUGGGCAGAUUAUCAGCUGCGUUGCAACUUCCCUAUUGCCAUGGUUGUUGCACCAGAAAUGUUUGAGCCAAAACAUGCUUGGAUAGCAUUGAAGAAGGUAGAAGAACUGCUUCUGGGCCCACUUGGGAUGAAAACUCUUGAUCCAGCUGACUGGAACUAUUGUGGAGAUUAUGAUAAUGCUAAUGAUUCUGCUGAUCCUAAAGUGGCUCAUGGAUUCAAUUACCACCAGGGACCAGAAUGGGUGUGGCCAGUUGGAUACUUCCUUCGAGCGUGCUUACACUUUGCUCGAGAAGUUGGUGGAAUUGCUGAGUUGGAGCGUACUGCUGCACGUGUUCGAUCUAUCUUGGCCAAACAUUUCACAGUUUUACAAACAUCGCCGUGGAGAGGCCUGCCUGAACUUACAAAUAAAGAUGGGGCUUACUGUAAUCACAGUUGUCAAACACAGGCAUGGAGCAUGGCAUCCAUUAUAGAGGUGCUACAUGAUCUGAAUCAACUUCAGGAAAGCCACCCUAUCAUUCUCGACUCUUCUAGUAACUGACUGCACCUUGCGUGUGUAAAUCCAUCUAAACACCAGAGGGGGCCCAUGACUUCACACGCAUUACAUGAUGUCCCACUAACUUCUGGCCCCCCUAUUGCCCGUGCUGUUACAGCAAGUAAUGUUGUUUAUAGUGAUAGGUUCUUCAGAUUCAGGCAGCCACUAACCAGUAUUGUAUUACAAAUCCAUUGGGUGGGCUAUAAUGCACUUUCUCUUCAGUUGUGUGAGAUACCAUUAAAAGAGUACAUGCCUUUUAUAGCAAAAUGUGUUUGUGUCAGCUGCUUAAAUUUUCUAAUUAAAAAUACAUUUACAGCAGAAUCAGAAAAUAGACAGCACUCUGCUGAUUUUAGGGAGUUACCAAUGAUAAACUAUGUUCUGUUGGAUCAUUUAACAGUUAUUCAGUCUUCCCUUGACAUCCGGAGUAAUAAUCUCCAUGUUGCCAAUGAUGAAGCAGUGACAACUGUAGUACACAGAGAUACACGAAACGUUUUAGCUCGGGCUUCAGUAUUAGAAGGGAAUCCUUCAGAGAUUUUCAGCAAAUCCAAUAGAUCGGGUAACCAGGUCAGCUUUGCACAAAAAAAUAAUAAUGUUGUAAGUCCAAUGCACAGUUUUAAGUACCCAACCUACAAUCCAUUUUCUUCACAAUCAGAAAAAUGUACACUGCCACUAAAAAAUAAAGAAUUGGGUAGCUAUGUUCAUUAUAAAGAUGUUGAUGCUACAGUAGUGCUCAUUCCUGAGCAAAGAAAGAAAAGACUUGUAGAUGUGGAUUCAGAAGCACAAAUCACUAUGAAGAGUUCAGAGACCCCAUCACCAUAUGUUAUGAAGGGUUCAGAAGAAGUAGAUUGUGAUAUUUCAGAAUCUAGUAGAGCAAUAAUAACUGACAAGAAGAAGAAAUUUAAGUACCCAGGAAGUCUGCAAAUAAAAACACCAAAAAAGCUUCAAUCCAGUGCUUCAAGACGUGUCAGUGCACAAGAUGAAAUGUCAAUUUCAGUAAUUGAAUCAUAUCCACUGCCAGAGCCUCCUAGUUUGUUGUUAUUAGAGCCACUUCUUCUGAUGCAAGAUGUGAAGAAGGAAACAAAGACAAGGAAAAGGAAGGCACAGCUAACACCAUCUGAGCAACAGAAAGUUGCUCGUAUAAUGAUUUCAUAUGCUCUCGCCUUCUUCCUCCUUGCCAUUGUAACUUUUUAUGUUGUGUAUUUUGCCUAACUGAGAUGAAUGUAUGUUGAAUAAUUUUCUCAGGAAGUUAUUUAAAAUUUUAAAAGCAGACUAUUCAAAAAUAAAUAGUGCCAAUUGUAGAUUAAGUACUAGUUUUACACUUUUAUUGGGACUAAUGUUAAAAUAGUGACAUCAGGUACUUUCAUACAAAAUUAUUAACACAAAGACUUACUGAAAAUUUGUUUAAAGAAUAAAAAUGAUUCAAUUGUGUAUAUCACAACCAAGGUGAAGUCAACUAUUGCUAACUUUGUUAAUAAUAAUGAUUUUAAUUUUAUGAGGAAGAGGUGUUAACAUAUUGGAGUGUGUGUGCAUGUGUAUGUGAGGCAGGAGAGAAGAAGAGAAAACCAAAGCAGCUCACAUAAUGAAAGUAUUACAUUGCUGACUGAAAUAAACUGUUUGUUCUUAUUUCACUUCAAAAA